CUCAAGGAUCUCCUAUAACUUACAGUUAUGAGUCAUCAGUUUCACAUGAUAUAAGUUAUGAGUCAUACUAUAUAAAGAGCAACUAUAUAAGGAGCUAAUAGAACCUAGAAGGAUAAGCUCUUCACAUAUUCUUCUAAGGCCCUGUUCAGCAUACCACAAUAAAAAAAAAUUGCAAUUUUUCUUAAAACAGCAUAUUUCUAAAUCUAUGAACAGAAUAAGAAUUAAAUGAAAAAUAAAGUUUAUAGUCCUAUAGUAGAUACCCUUCUCCUCAUUCUGGCCUAAAUAAAAGUCAAGAGGAGCAUUUUUUGCAGUUAAGUAGAGAAAUUAGUAAUGUUGCAAAAUAUGGUGGUCCCAUUUUCUCUAUAUUUUGCAACAUCACUAAAUUUCCUACUUAACUACAACAAAUGCUCCUCUUGACUUUUCUUUGGGCUAGAAUGAAGAGAGCAGUAUUCUCCAUACGACUAUACCUUUUCAUUGUACUUUAACCCUUAUUCUAUUUGUAGAUUCAGAAAUAUGCUGUUUUAAGAAAAAUCACAAAUUUUUUUUAUUGUGGCAUGCCGAGCAGGGCCUAAGUUAUUUUCUAUACUUAUAUUUUUAGAAUAAAACAUCUUUAUCAUACAUUCUCUCUUCUGUUAUCAGACCCAAGACCUCUCUCUCCUCCUAGGAGGAAUAAACUACCAAUAUGACCAUUAUUUACUCGUGCGUCUCAGCCAAGAUUUGCCUUCCCCAUUUGUCAUAGUGAGUGCAGCUGAAUCUUUCUUCCAGAAUAAGCAUAGUUCAUAAGAAGCGUGAGACUAGAACAGACACUAACUGUUCAGGGAAUUGAAAGCGUAUAUAACAGUAGGUGGUGAUUUACAUGAUGAACUUUGAACUCAAUGGGGUACGAUAUUUACAUAUAUUGGUACACCAAUUACCAAACACAAAUAUGUAUUAGCUUGUAUAAUAUUCUCAGGUACAGCAAACUAUUCUACACUGUUAGGCAUUAAAUUUAUUAUCUCCUCCCCAAGCACGAACCUGUAACAGAUUGAGGUGAAAAGUCAUACAGAAACAAUCAACCAACUCCUGAGGCAUAUGGUUCCACUCAAACCUAAGAGUAUUUAUCACCUCCUCCCUUGUCUGCUCACUUGUUCCAGUAAAGUCGUACUCCAUCAUUGCAUCCUUAAGGUAAUUCCAGCAAGGCUCGAUCUUAUUCAAGUCUGGAGAGUUUGCCGGCCAUUUAGGAAUCCGGCGUAUACCUCUAGCUGUUCGGUGAUGUUGAACUUUCUUGCAACACAUUUACGCAAUCUGAGUUGUCUCUGCCACUAGUUGCAUAGUAACAAUAUACUAUACUUCUUUGGUAGAAAAGAACGACCUCCCUGCACACUACUACAAAUGGGGAAGGCAAAUCUUGGCUGAGACACACGAGUAGUCUCUAGGAGACUGCCAGCAAGCAAGUACACAUAGGCAUAAUCAGAUAAAAGCACAAGGCUUGACUAUCAACCUCACAUAGGCAAAGGUCUAAGAACUAUCAUACUCUAUAGAAGAAAAGUAUCAUUGCCUGUCACACCACCCUACCCGAUACGAUUCUUACCACUUUUGUCAACCUCCUAGUACAGAAAACCCAUAACACGAGAAAAACGCGGUAAAUGGUUGCUAAACGAGCUCUAUCGGGCACAACCCCGAGCGCUCGUUUAUUAUUAGACGGUAUCCUGCGGCGGAGAAGGAUCCACGAGUUAGCAGGCAAUAUACCCGUAAUCUGAAUCCGAACGGUUUGCAUGGUCAUGAAAUUAACACCUUCACCGAAGCGAUGCAAACCCACUAAAUUACAAAUGCAGAAUACUAAGUAGUGGUCACGUAGGGCGUGAUUUUUCCAAGAUAGAGACAGAUCGGGUCAGUGAUUGGGUGCUCCACUCUAAUCAUAGUACAGUACGAGUAGUAUCACAUAUCAUAUCCCAUAAACUCCAUAUUAUGUCACGACAGCGGCUACCCCACCCAUCCCAGCCAGCCUUAUAUAGGAACUCCCGUUAGCUCUCACCCAUCCCAGAAAGCUAUCUUAAAGCUACAAGUAUCAUACCAACACCCAGCCUUAUCCCAACCCAGCAAGAAACCAUGACAAAACUCCAUAAUCCUCCUCCCCCUCCUCCACCAAGCCCAAUGGAACCGAGAACCUCCCGUCGCAGAGAACCAGAAAUUGUGGAGAGCGAUCAUGAAGAAGGUAUGAUCUUGGCCAUCAUUCUUUUCUCUCAUGAAACCCCCCCCCCCCAACAAAAAAACACAAAAACGUCUAAUUGGUGGUCAUCAUAACUUACCAUACUUAUAGAGUACCCAACGGACCUCGAGGUCCAACCUUGCAUCCCGAUAAUAUUCGUCAUGGGCAUCAGCGGUGCGGGGAAGAGCAGCUUCAUCAAAACGCUCGGGGGGAGGGAUUCCAGGAUGGAACCUCCAGUGACGAGCGCCUCCGAAUCAGGUUAUUAUUGAAAAAAAACCCACCCUUUUACCCGCACCAGCAUACAAGUGCUGCAUGCGUGCUGGCCAGGCUAACCCGAAAGUGGCCAUUUCUAGCGACCCAUGAAGUUGGAGUCUACAAAGUCGUUCUAGACGGUCAGGAGAUGCUACUAGUCGACACCCCGGGUUUUGAGGAUAACAAAACGUCGAACCUCGAGACGCUUCGAAAGAUCUGCGAGUACAUAGUGGGGAUAGCGAAUAAUGCCGUGUGUAACAUUCACGGCGCGGUUUACGUGCACAACAUUGCUACCUCUAGAUGGCUCUCUGGAGACAAGCGCACCUGGUCCAUACUUGAGGCGCUCUGCGGCGAUGGCGCCAUGGGUAACGUUGUUGUCACCACUACCCGGUGGCCGGUAGAUUAUGAGGAGGAAGACUAUGAGCAGAACGAGAAGAGAAAUUUGGAAGAGUAUUGGGGAGGUGUACUGGGGACGGUCAGGCUCGCGAAAAACGAUGUCCAAAAUUCGAGGACUAUUAUCCGGAUGUUACUUGGUGUUCGUCCCAACACCUUCCAGGUGGAGUGGGAAUUGAGCCAUGGGAACACGCCUUCAGAUACCAGCGCCGGGAGAAUCGCCAUAACCGAGGGCGAGGAGGCACUAAGUAAGGCGGAAAGGGAGAGGGAAUAUGCCCUGGCAGAACUCGGGCUGGUCGCUUCGCAGUUCGAACCAGCGCAGCCACACAAUGCGCCGAGGCCAACCCCACCGCCGCCCCGGCCGCCGCCGCCGCCAGACAUGAGAGCACAAGACGCAGCCAAUUUCAAAAAAGACAUAGAGGCCCUCAAGCAACGCAUAGAAUCCGCCAUACAGGCCAAUUACUCGCAACUCGAGAAGAUCAAGGGUUCGGAGAAGAAUCUGCAGGGGGAACUCCAGCAAGUCCAAGCAUCAAUAAAAGAAAAGCAAAAACUGUUGAAGGAAUACCGCCGAAUACGCCGCAAGAUAGAAUCCUCCGACGCCGACAAACUGAAGGGGGCUAUGAACGCCAUGCGCAACCCGAUCCCCACCCAGAAGAUAAAUCUACUGGGAAUGCUGCUAGUGGGAGGAACGGUCAUAGUGGAGAUGGGGUCAAUGAAUUUCCCUUUCUAUGGAUUUGUUGGCCUUGGCGGGUUGCUUCUAUAUAACGGAGUGAGGGGGAUGAUGCCGAAAAACGCGGAUCAUACGCCGAAGAGGGACAGUCAAGCCUCCCAAAAGGCGACCCAGACAUCUGGCAUGGAGGGUCAGAUCCCCACGAUUAACAUGGAGGAAGGGGUUGGGCUGAACGACGGCGGUGACGGAGACGAUGAGCGGGUUGAAAGGAGGAGAGCGAGGGCGCGGAUGAAAGCGCGGAAGGUGAAGCCAACGGAUACGAAGGGGGGGGCGCCACCGGAGAAGCCGCCGCCGCCGACAGUGCAGAGAAGAUCCAGCUGGUUUUCGUUUUGGUGGGCAUGA